GGAAGAGAGUUGCGUCAACUUAAAGCCACGCUCUUAUCUCUCCAUAUAAAAUGCUCUUCCCCCUCUCAUUUCUUCAUCGCGCUCCUCUCCGUCUCAGCUGUUUCUUUACGCCAAUUUUCUCUUCCUUUCGAUUUCUGCUACUGCUGCUAAGUCCAAUCUAUGGCUUUGCCAAAUCAACAAACUGUCGAUUAUCCGAGCUUCAAGCUCGUGAUUGUUGGCGAUGGAGGCACUGGAAAGACUACGUUUGUGAAGAGGCAUCUGACAGGGGAGUUUGAGAAGAAAUACGAACCAACUAUUGGUGUGGAAGUUCAUCCACUGGAUUUCUAUACAAACUGUGGACAGAUUCGCUUCUACUGCUGGGAUACAGCUGGGCAGGAGAAAUUUGGUGGUCUCAGAGAUGGAUAUUACAUCCAUGGCCAAUGUGCUAUCAUUAUGUUCGAUGUUACAGCUCGAUUGACUUACAAAAAUGUUCCUACAUGGCAUCGUGAUCUCUGCCGAGUGUGUGAGAAUAUACCCAUUGUUCUUUGUGGGAACAAGGUUGACGUCAAGAAUAGGCAAGUCAAGGCAAAGCAGGUUACUUUUCACAGGAAGAAGAACCUCCAGUACUAUGAAAUAUCUGCCAAGAGCAACUACAAUUUUGAGAAACCUUUCUUGUACCUAGCACGCAAGCUUGCUGGGGAUCCUAAUCUUCACUUUGUUGCAACUCCUGCUCUUGCACCUCCUGAAGUACAAAUUGAUUUGGCUGCACAGCAACAGCACGAAGCUGAGCUUGCAGCAGCAGCUAGUCAGCCUCUCCCAGAUGAUGAUGAUGACACAUUUGAAUAGAGGACUUGACUGCCAUGGGGGUGUUCAUCAUUUUGUGGUUUUGUGUCCAUUUUACUGUAUUAUGCUGUCAUUUUCAGAAAUUUUUCAUGGCAGGCUGUGGUUCGUAGGAUAGUAGUCAACUGUGGUACAUGGGUCUUCUUAGUUGUUUGGGUUUUGCAUGUCUAUGGGUACAGUGAAUCUGUUGCUUGGACUUUAGGUUGGGUGUUAGGAUAUGGUGGUCGUAAUUUUCAGUUACAAAUUUCUGCGAAUUUUUGGAACUUAAAAAGUGGGAAAUUUGAGUUUCCAUUAUACAAUAGAAAUAUCCGAGCCUGUGCAUUUUAAGUUA